CAAUCAAUGCGCAGUUGUGCUUCUGCGCAGAACCGGAAGCAAAUAAUAGCUCACAGAUGCAGAUACAGCGGCUAAAAACAUUCGGAUAAAAGAGCUCCACAGAAGAAACAGGGGCGAGCAGUGUUUGAACAGCUACCAAUCCCUGUGCCGAACUGAACGCCUCGCUGUGUCUGUUAGCAGCUGGUGAAUGGAAGUGGCGAGGGCCAGAGAGAUGGGUCCCGAGAGAAUCUUACCGAACCCCGAGGAGGAUGCGCUGCAGGACCGGCCCUCGGACACCGCGGCGCCGGAGGAGUGGAGCGGAGAGGACAUGGAGGAGGAGGAGGAAGGAGGCGCCGGAGACGAGGACAAUGCUGGAUACUAUUAUCAGCCUCUGAAUCAAGACCCAGACGGCAUGAACGGCUCUCACACAGAGCCAGCGGACGGGGGAACCACCGCAGAGCAGCUGCAGGACGUCCAGGACAGAAUAGAGGCCAUGGGUCUGUUCCUGCCCCAGCCUCCUCCUCCUGAGAGCGAUGAGGAGGAGGAUCCUGAAGGAGCUGCUGCCCAUAGAAGUUAUGCGUCCAUUCCCAUGGAUGCAGAUCACGUUGAGCUGGUGAAAAGGACCAUGGCGGCAAUAAAUUUGCCGACACUAGGAAUCCCUGCCUGGGCCCAGGAGAUCUCUGACGACCAAUGGAAAGACAUGGUCCAGCAGACGCUUCAGUCCAGACAAAGCUCUGCAGACCUGAGACUGGAACGCAAGUGAAACCGUUUCAAGAUCCUCAUCUCACCUACUGCACAUCUCACACUGCAGAAACACGAAACAGAGCUUCUGACAUCUCAAAUAAAUCAAAAGGCAUUCAUCACUUUAGUUGUGGUUUAUACAAACUGUGGACUGAAAUUCUUGAAAUGGAAAUCUAAUAGCUUGCCUUUUAAUUGCUUUGAACUGAUACACAGGCAGUGUCCAGUUGAUGCAGUUACAGAGUAGGCAAAAACUGUCCUAAAAAUAUCCCAAAUGUUUUUCAACCCAGUUGUAUUAAUGAUGCAGUGUGUUCUUAAGCUUUUUUUGUAAAGUGAAGAAUUUUGCAAAACUUAGUGGUUGCUUUUGUAUGACAGUAUAGACAUGUAUGUGAUGGUGCAUCUCCGUAAUACUCACAUCUCCAUUAAUCUGACUGUUGAUACCUGUGACUUAUCCUUUAUAUCUCUCACUCGGCUCGAGCAACACAAAUGGCCGUCACAUCUUUUGUGUUUCUUUAUUUUUGUUCUGUACAUACAUGAACAUCUGUACAAAAUAUGACUUUCAUACUAUGUAAUGCUCAACCUAAUUAAAGUACAACAUAUGUACAUAUGA